ACAGAAACACUUGAGGUCACUGUAAGAGAGUAUUAGUGAUGUGUGUUUUUCGUGCGGGUGGGUUGUUAUCGCGAGGAACUCUGAAGCUCAAAGAGGUGAAGUGAAGCGAGAGUGUUUUUCUACGUCGUCGACGCUUCCAGGGUGGCAUAGAGAAAAGAGGGGAUGUGUGCAGGCUUGGAUAGGAAUAUAGACUCUACAUAUUUGAUAUUAUUUUGCAUGUAAAUCUAUAGCUCGCGUUGACGGCGCUGCUCGUCGUCACACAUCUGGAGCUGCAGCUGGAAUCCCAGUUUUUCAGCACCUGGACAGCUCCUCUGGUCGUGAGCCUCUUCUCCUCUUCUCCUUUUAUCAUCGGGCACAUGGAGUCCCUGGUGUGAUUGUGGGGGAAGCCCUGCAAGCACAUUAUUAUGCCUCCCUCCUCCUCCGAAGAAGAAGAUGUCGUUAUAUCCUCCUGAUUUCAGUCACAGCCUCCUCGUCGUCGUCUCUCCUCUGAAGGAUGCUGCUUCCAGUCCGGAGUAGGUGUUUUCAUCGUGCACUGUCUUCUUCUGCGAGGCGAUCCGGCUGCUUGGCCAACGCAAAUUUUAAGAGGGAAUCGCAGCCUUACACACAGCAAGAUCCGAUCAUCACCAUCAUCAUCAUCAUCAUCAUCAUCUGCGAGCAGAGCAGGGAGAUAUUACCAUCAUCACUGCGAGGGCAAAGCAGUCACGACCACACUUUACACAAUGUAGAAAAACAUAAAGAGGUGUGGUAGGAGCCAGGUCUCUGCAGUGGUGAAAUCCCAUUUCACACUUGGGGUCAUUUAGCGUGGACGUCUAUUCGCAGCAACAAGAACCUCAACAUGAGCCACCCCCAGGCUCCUCCCAAGGCCGGAGCCUCAGACCUGGAGGUGAUCUCCCAGCAGGUGGAGGAGGACAACCAGUGCGUGGCCCCUGUCCAGCUGGUCAGCUUCGCUUACAGAGACUUGCCUUUGGCCGCCCUGGACAUAUCCCUAGCUGGAUCGCAGCUCAUCUCGAACCCGGACGAAGAGGACAACAGAGACGGGUCGAACUGGCUGAAGCCAUGCUGUGGUCGAAGGGCAGCGCUGUGGCAGGUCUGUCUGCUGUCGGCAGGAUUCAACUGUUUCCUGGUGGCCUUGGUCAUUCUGGUGGUGGUGCUGCUGACGCUGGAGCUGCUCAUAGACACCAAGCUGUUGCAGUUUAAUAAUGCAUUCCAGUUUGCCAGCAUCAUGCACUGGAUCAGCCUGGCUAUUCUCUCUGUGUUCUUCACUGAGACGGUGUUCAGGAUCGUGGUGUUGGGGAUAUGGGAUUACAUAGAGAACAAAGUAGAGGUGUUUGAUGGAGCUGUCAUCGUCCUCUCUCUGGCCCCCAUGGUGGCCUCCACAGUGGCCAACGGCCCCAGCAGCCCCUGGGAUGCUAUCGGUCUCAUCAUCACACUGCGCAUCUGGAGGGUCAAGAGGAUCAUUGAUGCCUAUGUGCUGCAAGUGAAGGUGGAGAUGGAGCUGGAGAUCCAGCAGUAUGAAAAGGCCAAGGCGGUGAGGGAGGAACAGCUUGACCGUCUCACCCAGAUCUGCCAGGAACAGGCAUUUGAAAUCAGGCAGCUGAGGGCACACCUGGCCCAGCAGGAUCUGGAUCUGGUAGCAGAGCGUGAAGCAGCCAUGCAGAUCCACCACAUGUGGGGUAAACAGAGCAGCAGUUUCCAGGAGGUGGACGGACUGGCCCCUGGGGCCUCCGAGCAUCACGGGCCAUCUAAAGCUAGAGAGCCCGGGGGGCCUGCAGAUCACCAUUUUCAGGAUGACAUGAACAACUACAUCAGCCAGUACUACAGUGAACCAAGCAGCGAUAUGGGGAUCCCAGACCCUGCACGUGUCAUCACCACAGCAGCCAUAGACGUGCACCUGCCAAACAACCCCAGCCAGCUUCCCUCCUCUUUGGUGAGUGUCGACGCCUGUCCGUCCAGUCGCUUGCAGCGCACCGGCAGCUCGGUCAGCGAAGCCUCCACCACCACGGUGUCCCGCAGCAGCUUCAGCGCCCGUCAGCACAGCAUCAGCAGCCACACGUUUGGCUCCACCACGGAUUGCAGCUCCACGGUGCGCGAGGCCUCGACCUCCACGGAUUACAGCGACCAACGCUGCUACCCUCCACCCUACAGCAGCCCUUUGGCCCUGGGCACUCAGCCGAGAGGGAGUCCCAGCGCUGUGAUGCAGGAGCUGCUCUCCUCUCUGACGGAGAACUCCUGUCUCACCCAGAAGGGCCUGGACCCUGUCAACCUUAAACCGCCAAGCCCGGCAGGUUCCACCAAAACCAGCCCCGAGCUGGAGCACAGGGUCAACAUCUACAACAAGAGGAACCAGGAGAGCAGAGUUGGGCUGCACUCAAAGCCUCUCAUCCAUCUGCAGGGCAAUGAGACUCUUCUAGAGGAAAAGUACAGGAUGAUGGAGCCGGUGGACGGACCGGUCAACCGUCUGUCAGAGACAUAAACCUUUGCCUGACAAGUGGAACUUCACAGGACUCACAUUUCAGAUCAAACGCAAAAAUAAACAAAACUCCAGUGUUGUUGGGAGUCACUGUAUGUCGGUCAUCCUCUUUGUACUGUUGGGAGUGAGAGGAUGAACUUGAGCCAGAACAGCACAAAAACAGAGGGCAUGAAAGACUGGAGGAGACACCACUUAUCAGGAAUUGACACUCACAAAAACACUUUGAGUUUUAUGAAAAAUUUUACCAAAAGAAACCAGCAACAGGGCUCGAGCCCAAAAUUUUCAGACAACCGGUCUGCGCAGAAAAAAAAAAGAAAAAAAGAGAUCUGGCUUUUGAUAUGUUAAGUUGUUGUUUGAUUUCUAGGAAGUGAAACCAGUGCGUGGAUGGUGCUGAGGGCUUAGUUCCUCUGAUACACUUUGUAGGAAUUGGAGAUGCUGAACAGAUGAGAUCACGUAUUGGGAGGGCCACAAACUGUGAAUCACUUCCCGCAAGCUACAAGGCAUGGAUUUAUCACAUGUGCAGGUGUGUCAGCUGUUUUGAUAGUCAGUCUAGUGUCUCCAAACUCACAAAGAACAGUCCUCUUUGAUGGGAUUGCUGCAGGGUACAUUGGAUCAGUCUCAACUUCUUUCUAAUCUUUGUCUUUCUAUAUUAGCAAUGUUAACAUUUUUAUCUAAAUUCUAUGAGUGGAAAGAGUGUGCGGCAGAUUCAGAGUUUUGUAUCCAGGUGCCAUGACUGGAAUCUGACCAAACCAAGCUGAGUCAGUGUUUACUGAGAUUUUGCAAACUACAGCGUGUCCCACACGCACCAAAUUAAUUGAAAAGCUACCUGCACAUGAUAGAUUUGAUAUCAUUCAGGGCUCAAAUAUUACCUUUUUUUAUGAUUUUAAUGUUUUGAAAGCUGUUUAAAUAUUUCAGAAUGGGUUUAUCACAGCAAAAAAAAAAAAUACUGAGGGACUUGAAGUGGAGCUACAAUAAAAU